UCUGGUGGGUAUUUCCAAACUGGAAACCAAACGACGUGAGUCGAGUGUCAAUGAUUCGGCGUUUAGUUGCAACUAUGCCUCCGGUGGUGAAAACGUUCGAUUACCUGGUGAUCGGUGGGGGUUCUGGGGGUUUGGCGAGCGCCAGACGUGCUGCAGAGUUUGGUGUCAAGGCUGCAAUCAUCGAGGAGAGCAGAUGGGGUGGAACAUGUGUGAAUGUCGGCUGUGUUCCCAAGAAGAUUAUGUACAACACGGCCAUGCAUGCCGAGUUCAUCCGUGAACAUGAGGAGUACGGCUUCUCUGUGGAGCUGAAGAAGUUUGACUGGAGUGUUGUGAAGAAAUCCCGAGAUGCGUACAUCAAGAGACUUAACGGGAUCUAUGAAACCAACCUGGAUAAGUCCAAGGUAGAGAGGAUAGUUGGACAUGCCUCAUUUACAGAUGACCGCUGCGUGGAGGUCAAUGGUCAAAAGUAUUCCGCCACUCACAUCCUCAUAGCAACUGGUGGACGUCCAGUCUUCCCCGACAUACCAGGUGCAGAACAUGGCAUUUCAAGUGAUGGCUUCUUUGACCUUGAAGAUUUACCAAAGAAGGUGGUGGUGGUUGGCGCUGGUUACAUAGCUGUGGAGCUGGCAGGGAUAUUUGGAGCCCUUGGAGCAGACACAUCAAUCUUGAUUCGCUUUGAACAGGUACUGAGAACAUUUGACUCCAUGGUCAGCUCAUCUGUGACGAAUAGCCUUGAAAGUGAAGGGGUCAAGGUCAGAAAGAAGACAAAGGUCACAUCUGUAACAAAGGAAAGUGAUGGCAGCCUCACCGUGGAGACGACGACCGGUCAGAUUGCGGGGGUCAAGUGCCUACUGUGGGCUAUUGGCCGAGUCCCCAACACAGACAAUGUGGGGUUGGACAAAGUGGGGGUGGAGCUUGACGCACACAAAAACAUUGUGGUGGAUGAGUACCAGAACACCAAUGUCAAGGACAUCUAUGCUUUAGGUGACGCCUGCGGAAAGGCUCUGUUGACACCAGUCGCCAUAGCAGCAGGGAGACGUCUGGCUCAUCGGGUGUUUGACAACAAGAAGGAUCUGAAGCUAGACUAUUCCAACAUUCCAACUGUUGUCUUCUCUCACCCACCAGUAGGCACAAUAGGACUGACUGAAGACGAGGCCGUGGGGGAGUAUGGGAAAGAGAACGUGAAGGUGUACACGUCCAACUUCACUCCCAUGUAUUACGCUGUGCUACAACACAAGGGCAAGUGUAGCAUGAAACUCGUGUGUGCCGGGCCAGAGGAGAAGGUUGUAGGUCUCCACAUGAUUGGACAGGGCUGUGACGAGAUGCUGCAGGGGUUCUCCGUCGCCAUCAAGAUGGGCGCCACCAAGGCGCAGUUUGAUAACACGGUCGCCAUCCAUCCCACGUCAUCAGAAGAAUUGGUCACCAUGAGAUAGCCGUACUAUCAAAUCUAAGACGGAAAACAAUUUGCCUUUUUUAAGGCACUGCAAAAUCCAAACGCUUUCGUAAAAUAUCACUCAAUACCAAGAAAUAUAUAUUCUGGUGAAGAUUCUUAUCAAACUACAAUCCCACAUUAUGAUUUUGAAAACAGAUUUUGUAAAUGUUUAGUUUUGUAUUUGCAAAUAUGUAAUAUAUAUUAUAUGUUGCCAUGUUGACAAAUUGAAAGUAAAAAGUUCAAAUGUAUUAUUACCUUGUAUUAUUAAUUAUAUCCAUUUACAUUUAGUCAACCCCAUUAUCUCGAAAUGUACCGAUAUCUCAUACCUACUCUCUAAUGACCUUCUCACUCUAUAAAUGCACAUGAAUUUCACCGCUUUUUCAAUUUAAUGAUGAUAAUACACAGUAACUUCUCCAACAUUGGACUCUUCCAGCUUUGACAUUACCAAGGAAUGGUGUACCUUUACGUUGAAGUUGGCAUUUGUGACAUGAAAGUUUUAGAAGCACAAGUAAGCAGCUCCUGUUGCCAUAAGCACUACUCUAUCAUACAUCCAGUAACUUUCCCAA